GUUGUUCGCCACAGGCCGUAGACGCAGAGAGGGACUGGUCGCUGCGCGUCAACCCGUCUCUGCUUCUUCCGUGGCGUUGAUCUUCAUCUCGACCCAACCCUUUGGUCUCAUCACAAUUGUUUGUUCGUCCUUGUGCCUUCGCUCCUCAGUUCAUAGCACCAUGUGCCAGGCGGAGGAGGAGUACAGUGACGAGCUGGGGAGCGCGCACGUGCCCAGUGUUUCUAAAAAAUGUGUUAAAUGCAAGGAGGCAACUGCGGCGGUGGUGAUCAGAGCAGGAGACGUGUAUUGCAGGGCCUGUUUCAAAGAAUACUACAUUCAUAAGUUCAGAGCCACACUGGGCAAGAACCGGGUCAUUUUCCCUGGAGAGAAGGUGCUGUUGGCUGUAUCUGGAGGUCCUUCAUCCUGUUCAAUGCUCCAUCAAGUCCAAGAGGGUUUGAGUCAGAGUGUCCACAAGAAAUUGCGGUUUCUUCCUGGUAUUGUCUACAUUGAUGAGGGUGGUGCUGUUGGCCGGUCUGUGGAGGAGAGACUGAGGACAAUGGCUGAGCUGCAGGCUGUGUUUAAAGCUACUGGUUUCCAGUUCUACAUCGUCCCUCUGGAAGAGGUUUUGGACCUUCCCGGUUCUGUUGUAGUGUCAGCCCUUGCACCCCCAGAAAGAGCAAACAGCACCUACAAAGCAGAAGUGGACCACUUCAUGCACAGCAACUGUAGCACGCGUUCAGCACCACAGGAUCAGGACCAUGAGGCCCUACCGGAGGUUCAGGAGUCUGCCACUCAGAUGCUGCAGCAGCUGAUGCUCUCAGCUAAGACGCUAACAGCCAGACAAAACCUACUCAACACAUUAAGACAGCAUUUGCUGGUUCACAUGGCACGCACUAGAGGCUACAGCAAACUGAUGCUGGGAGACAGCCGCACCCGACUGGCUGUUAAACUUCUGACAAGCCUCUCCCUGGGCAGAGGAGCACAGCUGGCCCAGGACACGGGUUUCUCAGACUCCAGGUAUGGGGACAUAAUAUCGGUGAGGCCCAUGAGGGACCACUCGGCUAAAGAGGUGUUCUACUACAACCAUCUGUUCCACGUGACGUUCCUGUUCAUACCAAGCCUGGACACUAAGCAGAUGACAGACAAGGCGAGUGUCCAGCGUCUGACAGAGAGCUUUGUCACCAAGCUGCAGGAGGAAUUCCCGUCCACAGUCAGCACCAUCUACAGGACCAGUGAGAAACUGCAGACAGCAGGUCGGUGCUCCUCCACAGGAGACCAAUGUGAGCGGUGUCUGCUCUGUCUGUGCACCCUGGACACGGCUGUGGACGAUGCUUCAGCCUUCCAGGCUACACUGAUUUCAGAGCAGCUCUCUCAGACUGCAUGGCCAAGAGUGGACAGGUCGAAGGUUGCAAAGCACCAAGGGAAGCCAGAGUCCACGUCUUUCACCGCACAGUAUUGCUCUGCCAAAGCAGGAGCGCAGGACUGUGGUGGCUGCUGUUCUUUUGCCAAGGAACCAGAGCCGAUGGAUCUGAGGAGCCUGUUGUGUUACAGCUGUCAGCUGACCAUCAGAGACAUGUCAUCAAUAGAACAUCUUCCUCCCUACAUCCUGUCAGAGGCUCAGAGAAGGCACAGGAGGUGUGAGAUGAGAGAGGAGAUCAGCGAGUUCCUACUGGACAGUGGCAAAGAUGAUUAAAGGACUUUGUGAAUUAACUUCUAUCGUUAGCAGAAAGGACGUACAUCAUUUAACUCAUUAUGACAUAGACAUAAGUACCCUCCUAUUUUAAAAGCAUAUUAAAGUCUGUUUUAUUCUCCAUCAAAAAAAAAAAAAAAAAAAAAAAGCUAAAGACUCUGUCAUCUGUCCCUUUUCAUUCAUCAUAUAUAUACAUAUAUAUAUAUAUAUAUAUAUAUACAUAUAUAUAUAUAUAUAUACAUAUAUAUACAUAUAUAUAUACAUAUAUAUAUAUACAUAUAUACAUAUAUAUAUAUAUAUACAUAUAUACAUACACUAUGCCAGCCACUUGGUUAUGGCGUUCCAUGUAUGCUUUCCCUGCCAGCAUCUUACACCCUGCAGUUAUGUGCUGGACCGUCUCUGGGGCCUCUUUGCACAGUCUACACCUUGGGUCUUGUCUGGUGUGGUAGAUCUGGGCCUCUAUGGCUCUGGUGCUCAGGGCCUGCUCCUGUGCAGCCAGGAUGAGUGCCUCUGUGCUGUCCUUCAGCCCAGCCCUUUCAAGCCAUUGGUAGGAUUUGUUGAGAUCAGCCACUCCAGUUAUGUUCCGGUGGUACAUCCCGUGUAAGGGCUUGUCCUCCCAUGAUGGUCCCUCUUCCAGCAUCUCAUCCUCUGUUCUCCACUGCCUGAGACAUUCACUCAGCACGUCAUCUGUCUGGGCCUUAUCCUUGAUGUACUUAUGGAUCUUGGAUGUUUCAUCCUGGAUAGUGGCUCUCACGCUCACUAGUCCUCGGCCUCCUUCCUUGCGGCUAGCGUACAGUCUCAGGGUGCUGGAUUUGGGGUGGAACCCUCCAUGCAUGGUGAGGAGCUUUCGAGUCUUAACAUCUGUGGUCUGUAUCUCUUCCUUUGGCCACCUUAUUAUUCCCGCAGGGUAUCUGAUCACUGGCAGAGCGUAGCUGUUUAUUGCCUGGGAUUUGUUCUUACCAUUGAGCUGGCUUCUUAGGACUUGCCUUACUCGUUGGAGGUAUUUGGCUGUUGCCGCAUUCCUUGUUGCCUGUUCAAGGUUGCCGUUUGCCUGUGGUAUUCCAAGGUACUUGUAACUGUUCUCAAUGUCUGCUAUUGUUCCUUCUGGGAGUGAGACCCCUUCUGUGUGGAUUACCUUGCCUCUCUUUGUCACCAUCCUCCCACAUUUCUCGAGCCCGAAUGACAUCCCGAUGUCCGAGCUGUAGAUCCUGGUGGUGUGGAUCAGCGAGUCGAUGUCUCGCUCACUCUUGGCGUACAGCUUGAUGUCAUCCAUGUAGAGGAGGUGACUUAUGGUGGCCCCGUUCCGGAGUCGGUAUCCAUAGCCAGUCUUGUUUAUUAUUUGGCUGAGGGGGUUCAGACCUAUGCAGAACAGCAGUGGGGACAGAUAUAUGUAUAUCUGUACAUACAUAUGUAUAUGUAUGUAUAUAUAUACAUAUGUAUAUAUAUACAUGCUCAUCAUGUAUAUAUGUGUGUGUAUAUACAUAUAUACACAUAUACAUAUAUACAUGAUGAGCGAUGCGCGUACCGAGGUUCGCUGCAUUUAGGGGCGGGGCUGAAAUGAUGACCCCGAUGCCUCGCUGUACCAAGUGACUGAUUCAGAAAGCGGUUCGAAUUUUGCCGCAAGUUUUGACAGUGAUACAAACCCCUCAGCCUCCAUUCAAGAUGAGGGAGAUUUAGGAGAGAGGGUCGGGAGAGAAUGGAGCCGGUUAAGAGGAGGACGUCCCCUGUGUGGGAACAUUUUGAUCAUCAUGAACAUUUCUCCUAACCAGGUAUGCACAGCAAUCACCUGCGCAACGCAAUUUCCCUCUGGGAUUAAUGAUGUUUUGGGAACAAUGCAAUUCAUCUUCAUCUGUCUUCGCUUUUGUACAAGGUGAAGUGUUGUUGAAGUGCCAGGGAGCUGGGUAUAACAACAACACCUCAUCCAUGCUUAGGCACUACAGAGCUUUGCAUGAGAAAAAGGACAACACCAAAUGUGGCCCAAAACCAGGAGAAAAAUCACAAAUUAAUGAAGACCUUGUUAGUGUUGUGGAGGACUGUGGAUUUAUAAAAUUAGUUCAAUCGUUCCUAGCUAUGUUCUCCCCACUAAGAAGACUCUAAAAGCCAUGGUGGAGGCUAGGUACCGGGAGAUGAAGGAGAAAGUUAAGUCUGACAGCAGAUAUGGGGACCUCUAUCAACACAGAGGCCUAUUUUGCCAUUUUGUUGAUUAUUCCAGCACAUUAAAUACAGUUGUUUUGGGAGUGCAACAUUUUCCCGAGGUGCACACUGCAGAAAAUAUUUCACAAGUGAAAGGCUCACUGAUGAGGGAAUGGGGUAUAACUGGAAAAGUUACAUGCCUUGUAACAGAUGGAGCUGCCAAUAUGGCGGCUCAUGCAAGGAAGCUACGACUCAAUCAUGCAAUAUGCGUAGCUCACACCCUUAACUUAGUGGUGAAGAAGGCCCUUGACCAGACCCCUGAGCUCUCUGACAUCCGAGCCAAGUCCAGCAAGAUAGUGGGAUACUCAGGAGCAGCACCACUGCAAAGUUAAGUUCUGUGGCUUAAUUACUGUACAGUGUCUGUAAUGCUACUUUUGUUUACAGUUCUGCUGCCUUGACAAUUUAAUAAAUGCUUUUUUAACUGUAUUUUUAAAAGGAGGGGCUUGCAGUGGUGCAGGAACAAUUGGGGAAGCCUCAGCUCAAACUUAUCAAGGAAGUGGAACUCGCUUGUACAGCUCUUACAAUAUGGUGCAGAGACUGUUUGAGCAAAGAGAGCCAAUUGGUGCUGCUUUGGCAAGUCUCACAACAGACGUCUCACCUAUUUCAUUCAUUGUCCUAGAACCAUUUAAUAAUGCAACCACCGAGCUGUCUCAGGAACAAAGGGUGUAUGUCUCAAAAGGUCAUACCUUUACUUGCUAUGAUGGAAAAAACACCAUCCAUUGGGUCUUUUCUGGCUGAGAAGCUGAGGAUGCUCCCGAGAGAGAGACUAGAUCGGAUCCAAACCAUGAGCAUUAUGUUUCUUGCAACACUACUGGACCCAGGGUUUAAAAGAAUCAUGUUUCUCAUCCCUGCAAGAACAGGUGAAGCAGAAAAAAGAUUCAAGCAGAAUGUGCUUCUACAGUAUAAUGAAGGCCAGCACCACCUCCUCAUCAACACCACCACCACCACCACCACCACCACCACAGCCAUCAACAUCACAAACUGUUGCAGUUGUUUCCCAAGGUAACAACCUGUGCCGGUGCCUGGAUGACAGUGUCAGGCAGACACAAACACAAAAUGUAAUAGCAGAUGCAACCAUUGAGGUCCAACGCUACAUGAUGGAGCCAAAUACUGGAAGACUGGAGGACCCCCUGCAAUACUGGGAGAGAUAGAAAUAUGUCUAUCCCCAUUUACGUAAAUUAGCAGUGGCAUUCCUGUGUACGCCUGCUUCAUCUGUGCCCUGUGAGUGAGUGUUUUCCAAAGCAGGAGAAAUAUUGUCCAACAAAAGAAAUCGCCUGAGACCUGCCACAGUGGAGAAACUGUUGUUUUUAAAUGAAAAAAACAAUGAUGUUUUCCCUAAACCAGGGGUGUCCAAACUUGAUCCUCAAGGGCCACUGCCCUGCUGGUUUUCCAACUCUCCCUGCCCCAGCUAGUACUGAUUACCUUGACCAGUUCAGUUUAUUCACUAUCUUUCUGCAAAGUGCCACACGCUUCAAAUUCAUGCCAACUGUUUUGCCCAGUAGAUGUCCUACUAGAGCAAAUUAAGUUUCAAAAAGCUUUGUGCUGGAGUGAACAAAUUGGAUGAAAGGCUUCAGUGCUUCAUAAAGCUUCAUCUGCCCAUCAUUAUCCGUCUAUACUCUGCGCAGCUCCUCAUGUCGCCUGAGAGAAAGGUCCUCUACUUUUUCAUUGCAUAUUUAGAAAAAACGGAUUAGAAGGAGCAGCUAAGUCAGGCCCGUAGAUGCUGGAGGUGUCAUUUGACUGGCCACGUAGCAGAAUUUCUGACUUAAAAAGGAGUUCACGUAUGAAGCUAAAUUAGGGUCACAAGUCAUGUCAACCUGACUUUCCCCAGUUUACUGCAACUGCCCAGAUCUUACCCACCAGAUUUACAUCCAACCACAGCCUGUCUGAUGUGGGACCACAGCAGUUUUAUCCCGCAGUGAGCACACAGCACCAUGCAGCAGCUCUCCUCCCCUAGGAUAUUGGUAAGAUGUUAGUUUGGUCGGAAAGUGUCAAUUUGACAGCUAGAAAACGAGGUUGUUAGGGAGACAUUGUUAUUAGCAUGCUUAUGAUGUCAAAGUUUGGAAUAUAGUAUUUCCAUAAUGCCAUAAAUGUAAGUGAAUACAGCAUUAGAGCGUCUUUUGCUAAGUGCUAAUCGAUGCAGAACUCUCUAAAUGUCAAAUGAAUAACUGGCUCAUUAAAAUACAGGAAACCCAUAUUAUUGAGGUUCUCACACAAAUGCUUUAUUGAGACGCCAAUAAAAGGAAACGUCACUAAUCUGGUCUACAACAGGAUGUCUCACAUGCACAUACACACAAGUAUUUACAGAUAAUUCAUUGAGUAUGUAAACUCUGCAAGGGUUUUAAACUUUGUUGCUGGUGGCUGCAGGCAAAGUGGAUUUAUCCAAAUCAUCGAAGUAUGGGUGAGUCAUGGCCUCCCGGGCAGAGAUUCUCUUUGGAGGAUUGUAGGUCAAUGUUUUCUACAGCAGAGAAAAAAAAUCUGAUGAGUAUGACCAGUCAACUGAAAACUGCCCUUCCUGUCAGCAGUAUACAUGACGCCUGUACGAUUUGGAGCUACAAAUCUAAAUGUGAUUAUUAUGGCUUGCGCGAUACCUACACUACUUUACACACUGUGUAAAGUAGUGUAGGUAUUGGUCUCCCAGCCAGCUGUGACCCAUUGCUCUUCCUUCCCUUAUUAUCAAAAGACACUAACCAGGCUCAUGUGACUCCUAAUCUAGAAGAAGAAUCUAGAUUAGUGACUCCUAAUCUAGAAGAAUCCAUAGAGGUAGAGUAUAGAAAUGCUCUAAAGUGCUGGUGGAGUUCUGGUUUCCUGGGUGAUGUUACAGUAAAGUUAUAAAUGACUAUUCUGGCACGUCAUCUGUGUGUAUGUAUUAUUUAUUAUCUAGUGUUACAUUCUUGAGCUGCUUCCAAUGCUGGUUAGAAAAAAAUGACUAUGUUAUGCUGAUGAAAACAAACAUUUAUCUACAUCGAUUGAUUGUUUUAUUUGUAUUUUAACUUGUCAGAGAGGAAGAAAGAGGAUUUAUGUGAGACUUGCAUAGUUACAUGGGUAAACCAAAAUCCUUCCAAAUGCUGGUAAAAAGUGCAUUGCUUAAUAAACCUCAGCUUUUAACUUGAAAUGAACAAAUUCAAAUAAUCUAUCAAUGUCCAUAGUUGGAAAAGGUUGCUUCAUUGUUACAAUCAAUCAAAGCCUUCUAUUCAACGACCACAAGCUUCAUCUGGUUGGUUCAUAUUUGAUUGUAUCGUCUUGUCUGGAUUCAUGUGUGCAUCAGUGGUGGACUGAAUAUUGUGUCUGAGCAGAUAAGGGAAGAAUCGUCUGAAAAUGGUUCGUAGCAUCUGACCCCCGAUGCUUUCUAACAAGCCAUGUUGUCCUGUGUUACAUACAGGGUGAGCAGCAGCAUCAGGCUUCCAGUUAUCUUUUGCUUUUUUAAUAGUUGGCUCAGCUCUUUAUUGCCCCCUGUAUAGAGCAGACAUAGCACGUAUUCAGCUCAGACAGCAGUUUAAUGCUCGUUAAUCAUACAUGCCAUGGAACCACGCGUUAAGGCAGUAAAAGCAGUUCAACAGUUGCUGAGCAAGCAGAACCAAAAAUAGCCUGACGACAAUUUGCCUUAGUCCCAUUCUUAGACCUCAACCAUUAAAAAGUGCUUGAUUAGUUCUUACCGCGAGUAGGUCAAGGCCAUUCUUAUCCAGGUUUUUUACCAUUGAUGACAGAUUUCCAGAUUUCCACUUAGGAAAAGUGUUUUUGUAGUCAGGAAGGCUCUCUACUUCUGGCCACACAUCAUUAUUAGGAGUUCCCAAAGUGCUGUGGGUGGGGAGAUGGUCAGUGCAUAUACAGCACAAUUUAUUUUAUUUAGCCAUGGAUCAUUACUGAAGAAUGAAGUUCACACCAUCACUGUAAUGUGUUUAAGGAUAUUGAUAUUUAAAGAUCUGAUCUGUGCAUUAUAUCAAAAUAAAAUAGCCAAAACAUUA